GACAUUUGUAAUUAGCCUAUCAAAAGGUACUUUCCUAAUAAUUUCUCUUUAGAUAAAUUUUAACAGACCCUUACCAAGACAAGAUGAGAAGGAUUCUGACUACGCCCAAGUCUUCAGGCUAACCUGUUGGCUGCCACUGAGAAACCAGUUCAUUAUCUAGUAUGAGUUUCUUGAGAAUAUAGCAGGAAAAAAACCUAAGUUGGCAAUGUUAAGAAAUUGGGUAUGCUGUAUGAGGUAACCUGAACUAGAUUUGAACUAGAUUUAGCUCUGCAUCCAGUUGUAGUCCCCAUGUCUAAUCCCUCAGCAUUUUGCUCUCUAACUGGGAAUGUUUCCACAGGCCUUAGGAGAUGUUGCCUAUCUGGGAAAUUUCCACUACGCCAAGUAUGUGCCGAGUUUGUUUCCUGGUAAGACACAAUAUGUGCCCCGCUCCUUCCUAAUCAAGUAAGUCAAACAUCUUGUAAUUGUAAGUAAUCUAAGUAAUUAUUUCCUGCUCCUGCUGCUUCAGUAGACAAUGGCCCAACCGCACUCUGUAGCGGGGCUGAAGCAGCUUCUCUGUGGUGCACGUCUCUCAGUGAAGAUGAAGUGGAGGAGGGGUGGGAAGGUAGUUUAAACAUUUUUUUUUUAUCUCUAUUGGAUCCCUGUCAGCAAGGGGAGGAGAAGGUGAAGAGCAGUGACCUGAGCGUAGUGAACACUGUUACCCUCUUGCGUCAGGAUUAUUUCAUUUCUGAGGGGAAGUUGGGAGCAGCAACAGCAAUAAAAGCAGCAGUUUCUGCCUCGUCUUCCAGAGCAGCAUCUGCAGGCAUCUCUACCAUGACACUCCACUGCAUGCGUCUUUUUCUCUUGCUUCUGCUCGGUUCAUGGUGGCCAGACUCAGAGAAGCAUGUGGUGGGAGCUGCAAAGAUCAGGGAGCACUACAUAGCUGCUCAGACCACGAUUUGGACCUACAAACCAGAACCUGAGGAGAAGUCCAGAUUGGCACAUUCCGAUCCUGUGUUUAAGAAAAUUUCUUACAGAGAAUAUGAAGUGGAUUUUAAAAAAGAAAAGCCAGCAAAUAAGUCUGCAGGACUUCUCGGACCAACUCUGCGUGCUGAAGUCGGAGAUACUUUAGUAGUUCACUUUAAGAAUAUGGCUGACAAGCCGGUCAGUAUUCAUCCCCAGGGCUUAGUUUACAAUAAAAAGGCAGAAGGCUCCCUGUAUGACGACAGGACAUCAUCUGUAGAAAAACAAGAUGAUGCUGUGCUUCCAGGCCAGGUCUACACAUAUGUGUGGGAUAUAACAGAAGAAGUUGGUCCAAGAGAAGCUGACCUUCCAUGUCUUUCUUACGCUUAUUAUUCUCAUGAGAAUGUGACAAUGGAUUUUAACUCUGGUCUGAUUGGAGCACUGCUUAUCUGCAAGAAAGGAAGCCUCAAUGAGGAUGGGUCCCAGAAACUUUUUGACAGGGAGUAUGUACUCAUGUUUGGUGUGUUUGAUGAAAACAAGAGUUGGCAAAGAUCAGCAUCGCUCAAAUACACAAUUAAUGGGUAUGCUAAUGGAACGUUACCAGAUUUAGAGGCUUGUGCAUAUGACAACAUUAGCUGGCAUUUGAUAGGAAUGAGUUCCAAGCCAGAAAUUUUCUCCAUUCAUAUCAAUGGCCAGGCCAUGGAGCAAAGACAUCACCGAAUUUCUACUGUUAACCUAGUGGGUGGAGCAUCAACCACAGUAAACAUGACAGUGAGCGAAGAAGGAAGGUGGCUGAUAUCUUCUCUUGUCCAAAAGCACCUGCAAGCUGGAAUGCAUGGCUACCUCACCAUAAGAGACUGUGGGGACAAAGAGGCGAAGAGGAGUCGUCUCUCCUAUAAAGAGCGCCGUAUGGUCAAGAGCUGGGAAUAUUUCAUUGCUGCAGAAGAAGUCACUUGGGAUUAUGCCCCAAAUAUUCCAGACAGCCUUGACAGACACUAUAAAGCACAGCACUUGGACAACUUCUCAAAUCUCAUAGGUAAAAAGUAUAAAAAGGCUAUUUUUAGGCAGUAUACUGAUGGCACCUUCACCAAACGUCUGGAAAACCCUCGUCCCAAGGAAACUGGGAUCUUGGGCCCAACUAUAAGAGCUCAACUCAAUGACAAAGUUAAAAUUGUAUUCAAAAAUAAGGCCAGUCGACCCUACAGUAUUUACUUCCAUGGAGUGACACUUUCAAAGAAUGCAGAAGGAGCAAAUUAUCCUCUGGAUCCCACAAGCAAUGACACCCAGAGUAAAGGAAUUCAACCAGGGAAGACCUACACUUAUGAAUGGCAAAUUGCUAAAACAGAUCAACCCACUGCACGGGAUGCACAGUGUAUUACAAGGCUGUAUCAUAGUGCUGUAGAUAUUGAGAGAGAUAUAGCAUCUGGACUGAUUGGCCCACUUCUAAUCUGCAAAAGUGAAGCACUGACUCAGAAGGGUGUGCAGAAAAAGGCAGAUGGGGAGCAGCAUGCAAUGUUUGCUGUGUUUGAUGAAAAUAAGAGCUGGUACAUAGAAGAUAACAUCAAGGACUAUUGUAGCAACCCUGCCAGUGUUAAAAGGGAUGACCCCAAGUUCUAUAACUCGAACAUAAUGCACACAAUAAAUGGCUACGUGUCUGACAGCAGUGAAAUCCUUGGAUUUUGCCAAGGUAACGUGGUUCAGUGGCAUUUCUCCAGUGUUGGCACUCAUGAUGACAUUGUCUCUGUGCGUCUUUCUGGGCAUGCUUUCCUGUAUAAAGGAAAAUACGAAGAUGUGUUGAACAUUUUCCCAAUGAGUGGAGAAUCAGUCACAGUGGAAAUGGACAAUGUUGGCACUUGGCUUUUAGCAUCCUGGGGUGCCCCAGAAAAGAGUUACGGCAUGAGGCUGAGAUUCAGAGAUGCCAGAUGUGAAUAUGAGGAUGAUUGUUCGUUUGAAGUUGUGGAUGUCACAUACACCAAGACUGAUAAAAAGGCUGUUUCCACCUCAGCUGAAGAAAGUGUGGGAGAAGAAGCAGAGACAGAUGAUUUUGAAGAUGAUUACCAGGAAGAGCUGGCUGCUAUGUACUCCAUCCGAAGCUCAAGGAAGUCAAAAGAAAAUGAAGAAACACAAAACCUCACAGCACUGGCCUGGGAACAGUAUGAAGACGCUGCUGCAAGUUCUAAGGUGGCUGUUGACUCAGGUCUGAAAGUUAUAAACACCAAUGAAUCCACAAAGUUCUUAGAAAUUCAUACCACUCCUCUUCCCCAAGUUGAGGCUGAAACAUUCCAGUCAAAUUACACAUCAGUGACAGCAGAAAAGGAUUUAUUUUUAGCUAGCACGAGUGAUGGAAAGCCUGACUUAGUAUUUGAGAAUAGAAGCCAAAUUAGUUAUGCAAUAGAUCACAGUAACAUGUCUGCAGCUGAACACUUGCUGAGCAAUGGGGAAGCCCAAAUGAAAGUUGCAGAAGAGCCUUUGACUAAUGGAAAGGACAGUAUUUUUUUUUCAGAAGAAUAUCAAACAGAAAGCACGGGGAAAGGAAAUGACAGCAUUAAUAGUAAAAGGAAAAAGCGAAGCUCACUGGCUAUUAAGUUUUACUCUGUGCAAAAGAUGAAUGCCCUUCUAAAUCAUGUAAGAAAUAAAAAUGUCUCAUUUUCUGACAAGACAAGUGCACCUCAUUCCAUGCAUCAUGCGGAGAACACCACCAAUAUAACUCUUGUGGGAGAUGGACAGCUUCCAAAUGAUUAUGAUGAUGAACUGGAAGAGGAGGAAAUUAAGGUGGGAAAUGCUAUGCAAGCAGUUAAUUUGACACUUGAAGUGGAUGCCUUUGUAGAAGGAGAUGAGGCUAAUGCAUCCAGCCUCUCUGAACUCGAAUUAUCGAAAGACAAACAAGCAGAUACUUUUUCUUUAGAUCAUACUUUGGGCAAUGUAAGACCUAAUUCCAGCCCUGCACUAGUGAAGAACUUACUGGAAGCAUCAUUGCCCAGGACCGUGAAGUAUUCAUCCAAAAUGACAAAUGAGGAAUGGAAUUUGGUGUCUGCAAAGGAGAGUCUGAGAUUAGGGGCAAACUUAGAUAAGUCUGUUAGUGGUAAAUUCCGUCAUGGUGGCAGAAAUGGUACAUUAUUCCUAAAUAAGCAUAUGAAGAAGGAUGAAGGGUUUUCAGGUCUAAUGGGAGGAAAGCGCAAAGGCAGCCACCUGCACCCAACUCUGAAAGGAAAGCGGGGAAACAAGAAUGAUACUUUGAGUUCAUCUGGAACCCUCAUCAGGAUCCGAAGGAAAAAACAGGAAUACCCAAAAACUGCUCACUUGUUGAGCCCAAGGAGUAAAAAAUCCCAGAAAUUCACCAAACCUACUGCAGAGUUUGGCCGCGCGUUGUUUCCGAUUGAGGCCAACCACACAACACUGCUGUGCUGCACUAACACCACAGAGGCACCCAGUGAGGCCAGCCAUGGAGGGAUGCCAAAUCACACGCUCUCGCCACGGCAGUUUAAGCCAUCCAUUGUGAUUGGUCUUCCCCAUGGAAAUGGAGACUACGAAUAUUUUUCAGGAGAAUAUUACACUGAGGAUACAUCAGGUGGUGAAUAUGAAUACCAUUAUGUGACCUUUGAUGACCCGUACAUGACAGACCCAAAAGUGAAUAUCAAAGAGCAACGUAACCCAGAGAGCAUUGCUGAACAUUACCUGCGUAGCAGAGGGAAUGAGAGGAGAUACUACAUUGCAGCCAAGGAAGUCUGCUGGAACUAUGCAGGAUUUAAAAAAAGUACAAUGAUGAACGACAAAGCCUGUAAAGAUGGUACCACAUAUAAAGUGAUUUUUCAAAGGUAUACAGAUAGUACCUUUACAACUCUCCAGGAUGAAGGCGAAUAUGAAGAACACCUUGGCAUCCUGGGACCAGUUAUCCAGGCUGAAGUGGAUGAUGUAAUCCUAGUUCAUUUUAAGAAUCUGGCAUCCAGACCAUAUUCCCUCCAUGCCCAUGGACUCUUCUAUGAAAAGUCCUCUGAGGGAAGCACUUACGAUGAUGAGUCUACUACUUGGUUUAAGGAAGAUGACAAAGUUCAGCCGAAUAGCAGCUAUAUAUAUGUAUGGUAUGCAAACAGGCGAUCAGGACCUCUGCAGUCAGGAGCAGCUUGUCGGUCCUGGGUCUACUACUCUGAUGUAAAUCUGGAGAAAGAUACUCACUCAGGUUUGAUUGGACCAAUACUGAUCUGUCAAAAAGGAACCUUGAGUAUGUCAAGCAAUAAAAGAACAUCCACCCGAGACUUUUUCUUACUUUUUAUGGUCUUUGAUGAAGAGAAAAGCUGGUACUUUGACAAACGUUCUAGAAGAUCUUGUACUGAGAAGACCCAAGGAACUCAACAAUGCCACAAAUUCUAUGCAAUUAAUGGAAUUACCUACAAUUUGCAAGGCUUAAAGAUGUAUGAAGGUGAACUGGUCCGAUGGCAUUUGCUGAAUAUGGGAGGGCCAAAAGACAUUCAUGUUGUUCAUUUCCAUGGACAGAUCUUUGUUGAACAAGGAGAGCCAAAGUAUCAGCUUGGUACAUAUACACUCCUUCCAGGCUCAUUUCAAACAAUUGAAAUGAAACCACAGAGACCUGGCUGGUGGCUUUUAGACACUGAAGUGGGGGAAUAUCAGCAAGCAGGAAUGCAGGCAUCCUAUUUGGUUCUAGAGAAAGAGUGCACGAUUCCAAUGGGUCUGGCAAGUGGAGUUAUACUCGAUUCGCAAAUCAAUGCUUCACAUCAUAUAGACUAUUGGGAACCUAAGCUAGCCCGAUUAAACAAUUCUGGAACAUACAAUGCUUGGAGCACAGUAAUGAAAGAUGAUCUCCCUUGGAUCCAGGUGGACUUUCAAAGACAAGUUCUGUUAACUGGGAUACAGACACAGGGUGCCAAACAAUUUUUAAAGUCCUUGUACGUCCAGAAGUUCUUUAUUGCAUACAGCAAAGACAAACGGAAGUGGAACACCUUCAAAGGAGACAGCUUUCAAGCACAAAAGAUUUUUGAAGGUAAUUCUGAUGCCUAUGGUAUAAAAGAGAACAUCAUCGAUCCCCCUAUUAUUGCUAAGUAUAUCAGAGUCUACCCAACACAGGCUUAUAACAGGCCUACUCUUCGCAUGGAGCUCCUUGGCUGUGAAGUAGAUGGUUGCUCUUUGCCACUUGGAAUGGAAAAUGGAGCGAUCAAGAAUACCCAGAUAAUGGCCUCAUCUGUUAAGACAUCCUGGUUUAACACAUGGGAGCCUUCCCUUGCUCGUCUCAAUCAGAAAGGAAAGAUAAAUGCCUGGCGAGCUAAGUCGAACAACAACCAACAGUGGCUGCAAAUUGAUCUACUCUCAAUUAAGAAGAUAACUGCUGUUGCUACCCAGGGGGUCAAGUCCAUAUCAUCUGAAAACUUUGUGAAAACCUAUGUUAUUCUCUACAGCAACGAAGGCUCAGAGUGGAAAUCCUAUACGGAUGGUUCAAACUCAGUGGCAAAGGUUUUCUCAGGUAAUGAAAACAGCGAUGGACAUGUCAAGCAUUUCUUUAACCCACCCAUCCUGUCCAGGUUUAUCCGCAUUGUUCCAAAGACAUGGUAUCAUGGAAUUGCUCUUCGGGUAGAACUCUUUGGGUGUGAUUUUGAUGGGGGUCUGGCUGUGAAAAGGACUGAAAAAUCUGGGAGCUCUUAACCCUUCUGCAACUAUCAAGCAGGGCAACUUUUUUUUUUUUUUUAAAUCCUUAAAGCAAUCAUACUUAUUAGUUUGGAUGUGUGCUUCAUCAAAAGACCUAAUGUUUUGCCAACAAGAAUUGAGGGAGUUCUUUGGCAGAUGGUUCAUUCCUAUAAAUACACAAAACAUUCAAAAAAUUCAAAAAACAGCUUCUUUUCUCUGUAAAGAAAUAGCAGUCUCUUCUGUUUUAUAUAUCAUUUCUUCAUCCUAAGCAGUACAAUCUUUCUUUCUACUUAAAAUUAAGUUCUAAAUCCCUGGGAACAGAGACUCGAGCCUUAAUCCUGAGCACUGAUUGCCUCCAUUUUGUAAUGCUUCUGCAGCAUAGAGGAAGAAUAGGCAGCUACAGGUGGACGUUCUCUGUACAUAGUGCUUGAGAUGGAAAACAAAUGCAGAUAUGGAGCUGUCAUGCUGCAUUCCAGCAAUGCCUAGGUAAGAAGUGAUAGUAGGGGUAAUCUCACCUCCAUGUGUCUUUUAUCUACAGUAUGACAAAGGUAGAAUGCAUCCCAGUAUUGAGGCAUAUGCAGUAUCCCUUCUUUGAGAAUGGGGGUUCACAUUAUUGAUUUGGUUCUUACAUACCAAGCACAGUGGAAAAGCUAUGGAUUUCACAUAGAUUAGCUUAAGUGUCCUGGCAAGGGGAGGAAGAGUCAGCCAUAUCUUUCUUUCUCAGAAGCGAGAAGGGAAGUGAUUUACCCCAGGUCAUGGAAUAGCAAUGGUAGAACCAAAGGGAAAAUCCAGAACUCCUUACUUUCAGUCUCAUACAAACUUUUAGACUAUGAGGAGCUCCCUGAAUAGGUAGCAUUGAGAACUUUAGCUGUUGAGAAUACAACCUGGUGGUAGCAGAGGAGGAGCAGAUGAAACUGGACAAUAAACACCUGCAUCUUAUUUAGCACUGACAGUGUUUUCACUAGAGGAGCUACUCUUGUGUGUAGAGUGUACACGUCUUUUUCCCAGGGUGACUACAUUUAGUGAAAAUGCAAAUGCAGUCCAUGAAUUCAUUCCAGCAGUUUUAGCUAGGCUUUCACUAGUGUCAUUGGAUUCUAUCCUGUAAAUUAAUUGCAAAACUCCCAUUUAUCACAUGGUUUCCUUGAGAAGGGUGGAAUUCUUGAAGUAGUUUGUCUUUGAUCCUCAUAUGGUAUUAUCUGAGUUAUUUCAGUAGUUUUUCAAAUCUUGUAUCUUAUAGACCAUUCAAAAUAAAGAUAUAGAAAAGGAGUGUAAAGAAGUAUACAACUAAAAUAUUUUUUUCUUUUUUUUUUUUUUUUACUAUGUCACAAACUUACCAUUUUUCACUGGAAAAUAAAGAUAAUACUGCAGCAUGAAAACCAUCAACAUUUUAAUUUGUAUAUUUGCCUUGACAGUCAUACCUCUUUGGCAAUAAUUAGUGGAAAUUUGCAUCACAAAAGUAAAAUUUUCUGCUCAGUGGGAAAUUUCAGUGCUAAUUAGAACUAACUUCAAAUUGUGAAACUGUCUGGAAAAUUGUUUUAUCUUAGAAAAUAUUAAGAGACUGAUCUUUUAAUGUUGCUUAAUUUAUUUUUGUUUGAUACAAUGAUGAAACUGCAAUAAAAGCCCCCUUCACU